AUAAGGUAAUUAAAAAUUGGUUAAAUAUAUUAUGUAUUUUUUAUCCAAAUAAAAAUUUGAUAUACUUUUCACUGUUUAUAUCAUAUCCUAUCAUUAUCAUCUCAAACAUAGGAUAUGUAAGAGUCUAUUAUGCUCUCUAUCAUAUCAUGUAUUUAUCCAACUCUCUAUCAUAUCAUGCUCUUAUCUUAUCCCAACCACCAAAUGAGUCAUAGAGUUUUAUUCAUCUUAUAAAAUUGCCCUUCUUGAUGAAUUAAUUUGUAUGUAUUCACACCCACUAUAUUUUCUAUCUCAUUGUAAAGGACUUCCAGCUAAUAACUAUUUUAUGAAAGUAAAAAGAUAAUUAUCAUUUACAGUUAUUUCCUAAUUUUAAUUUUAUCCUAACACUGCUGAGUAAGGAUAGACUUAUUGUGAACAAUUGUCCCUAGAGUUUCAUCCUUCACAGUAAUUUUCCUUCCAUAUGAGCCACUCAGAGGAGGAAUAUUGACAACUGUCCCUCCAGAAACAUUUCUAUGCAACAGAAAGUUGUGCAUAGGAAAUGCCUAUAAAAAGACCCCUUCACACCCCAAUCCAAAAUGUGCUUGCCACUCAUCAUGUCAACUGCUGGAACCUCUGGAAUGAAAGGUAGAGGAAGAAAAAUAAUAGAGAUCAAAAAAAUUAUCAAAGAGAGCAGUCGUCAAGUUACAUUCUCAAAGUGUCGUAACGGGCUCUUCAAGAAAGCUAGCGAGUUGUGCACCCUUUGCGGUGUAGAGCUCGUUCUCAUCAUCUUCUCGCCUAGUGGGAAGGUCUUCUCCUUCGGUCACCCCGGCGUGGAGGAUGUCAUCCAACGCUACCUAUCUCAAGACCCUCCCCCAACCUCUGAAAUCAUGUGGUACAUCCAGGUUCAACGGAACGCUAACGUGUGUGAGCUCAACGCGCAGCUCUCGAAUAUCAACAACCAUGUUGACGCUAGCAAGAAUUAUGGGAAGGAGUUGAACCGCCUGCUCAAGGAAGCCCAGGCCCAGCUCUGGUGGGCUAGACAGGUUGAGGAGAUGGAUAAGCCUCAACUUGAGAAAUAUAGGGCGAUAUUGUAUGAGCUCAAGAAGCUUGUCACUAGCUACGGUGCUAUUGUUGGUACCAACUCAGAACCUCAUCAUCUUUUUGAUGAUGUUGGUGGUCCCUCCAACGUCAUGGUCCCUGUCCACCACCCAUCUCCACCACCUCAUCAUGGAGGACCACCUGGAUUCUUCUGAGGUCAUCCCUCGAUGAUGAUGAUGCCCUAUACAUUUUUUAGUUUCGUGUUUUUUCAAUUUCCUAAAGCACAUGGCCUUAACUAGUUUCAUGUAUGUGGUCUGGUUAGGAAUGCUUAGAAUUUGAUUUUUUUUUUGAUGUUGUAGUUGGAAACUAUUUGUAUUGUAGUUUUUGAGCAUAAAUUAUUAAAAU